AUGGGUUCUUUCAAAGUUUAUGUGUCGAUGUUUGCGUUGAUCGCUAUGCUCAAAAAAGCGAAUCCUUGUAAAAAUGGUGGAACAGAACAGUCUGAUGGAACAUGUGUUUGUACAGUUCAAUUUACUGGUACUACUUGUGAAGAAAAAGUGAAUCCUUGUAAAAAUGGUGGAAUCGAUCUGCCUAAUGUUGGAUGUAUUUGUACAGCUGAUUUUACUGGUCCUACUUGUAAAGAAAGAGUGAAUCCUUGUAAAAAUGGUGGAGUCCAAUUGUCUAGUGGAAAAUGUUUUUGUUCACAGAAUUUUACUGGUCCUACUUGUGAAGAAAAAGUGAAUCCUUGUAAAAAUGGUGGAACAGAACAGUCUGAUGGAACAUGUAUUUGUACACAGAAUUUUACUGGUCCUACUUGUGAAGAAAGAGUGAAUCCUUGUAAAAAUGGUGGAUUCGAAUUAAUUGCUGGAAGAUGUUUUUGUACACAGAAUUUUACUGGUCCUACUUGUGAAGAAAGAGUGAAUCCUUGUCAAAAUAAUGGAACACUACUGUCUGAUGGAUCAUGUAAUUGUACACAGAGCUUUACUGGUCCUACUUGUGAAGUUCGUCGCUGUCAAUUAUUUGGUGAAAGAAUAUGCAAAUCGCAUUGUUCUGUAAGUGAAAGAGAAAUCGAUCUAUUUUGUGAAGGAAAUGAUCUCUGUUGUGAGAUUUAA